AUGGAUAUUUCAGCGCCUCUAGAGAUUUUUCUCUCGCGCCAUCGAGAUCUUCCGGAAGAGCUCCAGCACGUUAUUCAAGACUCUCACAUCAAUCUCCAGUCGUUAGCUCUGGCUGCUCUCAACCCGAGAUGGUCAACAACAUUGUUUGUGCAUCUUGAUGUUAUCUUUGCAGAUGUGUGCGCGAGAUGGAGCCAUUUAGAUACAUACCCUCAGACUUUGGCUGCCUUUGGUCGCAUCAUACCGUUUGCACCUCAUCUCGUGGAGUACGCCGAAUUGUUUCUACGAAGGAACACUAAGACAACAGCCAAUAUUUGGAAAUCAGUCUCAGGUGAUGAUCUUGUGGAGGUUUUUCUCGCCAUCUUCCGGUUGCUGGUCGCAGACUGCGGAACGUUCAAAAAGUAUUUCGACAUCAAGGCUCUCUUCUUAGGUUUGCAACAUGAAAGCAGACCUGUACGAUAUCUUACUGUGCGCGUAAUGUCUUUGUAUUUUCAAGCGGCAGAUUAUGCAGAGAAGUCGUUGAUCCAAAAGUACCUAAGUUCUGAUGAGGUUGAGGGUCCUUGGGAGGACAAGGUCAUUGAUUACACAUUCCUGAGCCUUUGGGAGGAGAAGAGAUGGAAAGACGUUUCAAGAGAGCAAAAAUUGGUCAAGGACUCACUUCGCUCGCUCUCUGUGCCUAAACGCCAGAUAUCUGUAAGAGCUGAGGAUCUUUCGCCGUUAACGGUCCUCAUCUCUGGCACCCUCAUGCCUCGCUUGAGUCGUGCCCCAUCAUCACCUAGUAAUCAGAGUUGGAUUCCUGUCCCAACGACAAUAUCGAACGUUCAACGGUUGAACGAUGCGCUUAUUCGUGACCGCCCAGUAUUGCUCACUGGUCUUGCCGGGUCUGGAAAGACGUCGAUCAUCAACUUCUGCGCUGAAAAGCUGAACAAGCACGAGUCGAUGGUCACACUACAUCUAAACGAGCAAAGUGAUGCAAAAAUGCUCAUUGGCAUGUAUACUACUGGAACGGAACCUGGUACUUUCGUGUGGCAGCCAGGAGUCCUCACUACCGCGGUUCGAGACGGCAGAUGGCUCAUUAUUGAAGACAUUGACCAGACACCAAAUGAAAUUAUCAGUGUUCUUCUGCCAUUGAUCGAGCGGAAAGAAAUUCUGAUUCCCAGUCGUGGGGAAACGGUCAAGGCCGCCCCAGGAUUCAAGAUAAUCGCGACGAUAAGGACAACCCGAGAUCUUGGGGGAAACGAGUGCUUGCCCAAGCGUCAUAUGAUAGGAAGCCAUUUGUGGGAUAGGGUCGUUGUUGAUGUGCUUCCUGACGAUGAACUCAAGGAAGUUAUCGUCGGACGUUAUGCAAGUCUGCGGCCUCAUGCUGAACAGAUUAUGGCGGUGUACGUUGCAUUGCAAGAGAUCUCUCGCGAUCAUCGAUUUGAGGCCCUUGUCAAAACAGGUUCUGCAAGACCACUCACUCCAAGAGCCCUUUUCAAGUGGUGCAAACGACUCUCCCGUCAUUUUUCACCACAUUCCGAAUUUUCCGACAAGCUCCUUGACGACAUGUUCCUCGAGGCUAUGCAUUGUUUCACUGGUCAUCUUCCUGCAGGCGAAUUGCUUUCUACUUUCGCAAAUGUGAUCGCUGAGAAAUUGCACAUUGACGCGGGACGAAGAGACCAUCUGCUGCAGAGCCGCGUUAUCAAAUUGCUGGCAACUGCGAAAGGAGUUUCAAUUGGCAGAAUUAUCUUAAGACAGAGCCAUAAUCUCCAAGUUGACAGGCGCAGCAAAGUAUUUGCACAUUCUCCAUACAGUCUUCGCGUACUUGAGAAGCUAGCAGUUGCAGUCGAGAAUAGAGAACCAACUCUACUAGUUGGAGAGACUGGGAUAGGUAAAACGACCUGUAUUCAACAUCUUGCCACUUUGCUUGGCCAGAAGCUUGUGUCAUUCAAUAUGUCACAGCAGAGCGAAAGCGGCGACUUACUUGGUGGAUUUAAACCCGUCAAUGUUCGCGGCUUGAUCAUGCCUCUACGAGAAGAAUUUGACGAGCUUUUCAGCCAUCCUCUCUCUCCAUUUGCUAAACGGAAAGAUGAUAAUCGGCAUUUUCUUGACAUGUUGGGAAAAGCAUUGGCAAAGGCGCAGUGGAAGAAGGUAUGCCUAAUGUGGAGAAGUGCUGCAACCGAAAUUCUCAAAAGUUUUGAUGGGAAUAAGCACGUAGUGCCAACGAGAAGCUCGGACUCAUAUCAUCCGAGUAAAAGAAGGCGUACUACUGAUACAAAUGAUAAUCCUGAUCAAGGCUUACACGCUUUAUAUCAGGCCAGAUGGCGCAAAUUUGCCGCUGAAGUCAAGAACGUUGAAGGGCACUUGGUAAGCAAGCCAAAUGCUUUCGCUUUCAAAUUUAUUGAAGGCAGCUUGGUGAGAGCCGUUCGCAAUGGCAACUGGGUUCUCCUGGAUGAAAUUAAUCUAGCAUCUCCAGAUACGCUUGAGAUGCUCGUUGAUCUGCUGGGAGGUUCAUCUGAUCAGAAACCCUCACUACUGCUAUCGGAAUCUGGAAACAUAGAGCGGAUCACCGCACAUCCGGAUUUCCGCAUUUUCGCGGCAAUGAAUCCAGCAACGGAUAUCGGAAAGAAGGAUUUACCGCCAGGCAUACGUUCGCGUUUCACAGAGUUCUUCAUCGAUUCACCAGACAAGGACGUGAAAAGCUUGCAGCACAUCGUCAGUAGCUAUCUGCCUAGCGAGCUCGGAAACAGAAUCGUCAGUGACGUGACGAAUCUAUAUAUGGAUAUCCAAAAACUUGCCGAGGCAAACAGUCUUGUCGACGGUGCUGGUCAGAAGCCCCAUUUUAGCUUACGGACCUUGACACGUACUCUUGUUUAUGCAAGGGACGUUGCUGCCCCUGUUGGUAUCAAGGACGUGGUAUAUCGACGGGCACUUUAUGAAGGGUUCCAUAUGAGCUUUUUGACUUUGCUUGACACUGUUUCUGAAGCGCUUGUGGCCCCGAAGAUAACUCAUCAUCUGUUCUCUCAACACACAAAUGCAAAGGCUGAGUUGAGCAGACCUCUACCGAGACCAACGGAUGGUCGUGCGUAUGUUCAGGAAGGGCAUUAUUGGUUGCAGAGGGGCCCUUUUGAGUCUCAGAAGCAACCCCAUUAUAUUAUCACUCCAUUUGUGCAGCGAAAUCUGAACAAUCUAAUUCGCGCCAUAUCGACCAAAAAGUUGCCUAUUCUGAUUCAAGGUCCAACCUCUUCCGGUAAAACGAGCAUGGUGGAGUAUCUCGCAAAAAAAUCUGGCAACAAAUUUGUUAGGAUCAACAAUCACGAGCACACUGAUUUACAGGAGUAUUUGGGCACCUAUAUUUCCGACGUAGAUGGACAGUUAAAGUUUCAAGAAGGGGUUCUUGUCGAAGCUUUACGAAAAGGAUAUUGGAUUGUCCUCGACGAGCUCAAUCUUGCGCCAACAGACGUGCUAGAAGCACUAAAUCGUCUCCUUGAUGACAAUCGAGAGCUCUUAAUUCCAGAAACUCAGGAGGUUGUCACGCCUCACCCAGACUUCAUGCUCUUCGCUACCCAGAAUCCGGCCGGCUUGUACGGUGGCCGUAAGCACUUGUCAAGAGCUUUUCGAAACCGAUUUUUAGAGCUACAUUUUGAUGACAUUCCAGUUAAUGAACUCUGCGAGAUAUUGCAGCAGCGCACACAGAUACCCCCAUCAUGGGCACAGCGGAUUGUUGACACAUACAAGGAGCUAUCCUCGUUACGACAAGAAAACCGAAUGUUCGAGCAGAAGAGUUUUGCCACUCUUCGAGAUCUUUUUCGCUGGGCACUCCGGAAGGCAGACGAUAAACAGCAACUUGCCGUCAACGGGUACAUGCUGCUCGGAGAGCGGGUUCGCAAACCUGAGGAGCGGGAGAAGGUUAAAACCAUCAUUGAGCAGGUCAUGAGUCGUGAAGGACCAAAAGUAAAAAUUGACGUCAAUGUCUUGUACUCCGACGCUUCAUCUCCAGAUAUUAAGUUCUAUGAGAGCCAAGUCAAUGGAGGUAGCGGAGGUAACAAUGUAGUAUGGACGUCUUCGAUGCGUCGUCUAUACGUGCUUGUUGCUAAUGCUGUUCGCAACAAUGAACCCGUACUUCUUGUUGGCGAAACUGGAUGUGGCAAAACAACGGUUUGCCAAAUGCUUGCUGAUGCGCUAGGCAAGGAGCUUUUUGUGGUGAAUGCUCACCAAAACACGGAAACAGGAGACCUAAUCGGGUCCCAACGGCCAAUUCGGAAUCGUGCAGCUAUCGAAGCGAAACUUCAACAGUUGUUGCGAGACGUUCUGCCCAAUGUGAGCAGCCGAGCAUCUUUGUCACAGCUUUGGUCAGACUUUGAGACUUAUUUGGCUCAUGAGAAGUCCGCUUUGCCCAACACAGUUAUUGAAGAAAUCCAAACGCUUCGAGCAAGAAGCCAGGCUUUGUUCGAGUGGACCGAUGGAAGCCUAGUUCAUGCAAUGAAGAAAGGCCAGCUGUUCCUUCUCGAUGAAAUUUCCCUUGCUGACGACUCCGUCCUUGAGCGGCUGAACAGUGUGCUCGAACCAAGUCGCACGCUUUUGCUAGCGGAAAAAGGCUCAACGAGCGAUGUCUCUGUAACAGCCAUCGAAGGUUUCCAAUUCCUUGCAACAAUGAAUCCGGGAGGCGACUAUGGCAAAAGAGAGCUCUCUCCUGCUCUACGCAAUCGUUUUACCGAGAUUUGGGUGCCAUCGCUGUAUGAUUACAACGACAUCCUUCAGAUCGUUCGCGCCAAGCUCCAUCCUAGCGUAGUAAACUUUGCAGAAGUUAUCGUGAACUUCUCAAGCUGGUUUAACCAGCGAUAUCACACCUCAGUAGCUUCGGCCAUUUCAAUUCGUGACACAUUAGCAUGGAUCGAGUUCGUCAACAAGUUCAAAUCGGAUGCCCCGGCUCAAGCAAUUCUUCACGGAGCUGCAAUGGUGUAUAUCGAUACACUCGGAGCUAAUCCUGCUGCAAUGCUUUCAAUUUCAAUUCCUGAUAUUGACAAUGAGCGGCGAAGGUGUGUCGAAGAGCUUGGUCGAUUGCUUGGUCAAGAUUUGACGGAGGAGUACUUUUCAACCCCGGAGCUGCAUGCUUCUGAUGGGCAGCUUUCGUUGGGGAAAUUUAUUCUACCCAGGAACCCGAAUGCGUCCGACAACAUAAGCUUCUCCUUCAGCGCCGCAACAACCCGAAAAAAUGCCAUGCGAGUGUUUCGAGCACUACAAUUAAGCAAACCUUUACUCAUUGAAGGUAAUCCUGGAGUUGGUAAAACCACACUUGUAACUGCAGUUGCCAAAGCUAUUGGAAAGCAUUUGGUCCGUAUCAAUCUCUCGGAACAGACAGAUCUCAUGGAUUUGUUUGGAUCUGACGUGCCAGUUGAAGGUAAUGCUGUCGGUGUUUUUGCAUGGAGAGAUGCUCCUUUUUUGUCUGCGAUGAAGAACGGCGACUGGGUGCUUCUUGAUGAAAUGAAUUUAGCUUCGCAAUCUGUGCUUGAAGGGCUGAAUUCAUGUCUGGAUCAUAGAGGAGAAGUAUUCAUCGCGGAGCUUGGGCAAUCGUUUCCCUGCCACCGUGACUUUAGACUUUUCGCAGCUCAGAAUCCGCAUCAUCAAGGAGGAGGACGGAAGGGCUUGCCAGCGUCAUUUGUAAACCGCUUUACCGUGGUCUAUGCAGAUAUUUUCAAGCAAGAUGAUCUCAACCUCAUCUGCAAACAACUUUUUCCAGCAGCUGAUGAAAAGCAGAUCUCAACUCUGACUCGGUUUGUAGAAAAGGUUGAAACGGACGUUGUUCUAUAUCAUAAGUUUGGCGAUCAUGGAAGCCCUUGGGAAUUCAACUUACGUGACACGAUUCGCUGGCUCCAAUUACGAACAAGGAAAAAUACUCUUUUAGCAGCUGGCCGAUCCUACGACUUCUGCGACAUUAUCUUUCGACAGAGAUUUCGGAAUAAUGCUGACCGAGAGCAACUUGGUGCUAUCUUUUCUGACGUAUUUCAAGAACCUCCAGGCGGUCGCAGUUUUUAUCAUAACCUGGGCGUUGAUUCAUAUCAAGUUGGACUUGGCCUUUCCCAUAGGAACCCUAUUCUUGGAGGCUCGUUACGCACACUUCCACCAGCUUCUGUGUCACAUCUUUCCACUCUCGAAGCUUUAAUGGUUUGCGUCGAGUGCAACUGGCCAGUACUAUUGACUGGACCUCAAGGAUCCGGUAAGAGUAGCAUUUUGAAAUACCUUGCUGCUAUUACUGGACAUCGGCUUAUUACCUUCUCUAUGAAUUCUGGCGUCGACGCCAUGGACCUUGUUGGUGGCUAUGAGCAAGCUGAUCCUAGCAGAAGACGAGCUGAUCUAUUGGAUCAUGUUGUUGCCUGCCUUCGCCAUCUGAUCUUAACAGCUUUAAUUCAAGAACCUUCUGCUGCAGCACGACUGGUUCAAGCAAUCCCAGUGUCCAUUUGGACAAGUACUCCAAGCACCGAGGAGAUUAGAGGCUUAAUUAUCGAGCUUGAAGCGGCCCGAGCUUCUGUUUUUGAUGAUGUUCUCUCAUAUCUUCGUCAAUUAGAAAUCAUCCCAAGCCAAAUCGAGAAGGCGCAGUUUGAAUGGGUUGAUGGCUUGCUUGUCCAAGCUUUGCAGCGAGGCGAUUGGCUUAUUUUAGAGAAUGCCAACUUGUGUAGUUCAAGUGUUCUUGAUCGCCUGAACUCGCUACUAGAGCCAAACGGCUAUCUGAGCGUCAAUGAACAUCCGACCAACAAUGGUGAGCCCAGGGUCAUCAAACCACACAUCGAUUUCAGGAUCUUUCUCACCAUGGAUCCGCGUCACGGAGAGCUAUCAAGAGCGAUGCGGAAUAGGUCUAUAGAGAUAUGUCUUCCGGCAGAGGAAUCAUCGCAAACGGCAUCUGCAUUACCGGCUUUCAUCCUAGAAUCUGCUAUGAGUAGAUUCCGUAAUAUUGUGGCCUUUGACCAUGAUGGGAUUGUGGAGCCUGCUGCAGAUCAUCUCUCAUUCGAAGACUUUUCCCUCCAUCAACGCUUUGAACGUCAACUUUCACGAGGCUUGAUUGAAGGGCAACAAAGCCAACAAUACGCUAUAGAUACCUUAUGUUUGACAUCGAAACUCAAUCCUCAGUGGAUUUCAAAAGCAGUAGUUUUUCAAACAAUCGAGUCAUUGCAAGUACUGGCUGAUGGCACAAAACAGUCAAUACAUCCCCUCAACAACGAAAUUGUUCUGCGACAUCGAGAGUCUUCCUCCAUUUCAUCACAUUCCAUUCCCUUUGCGCAGCUAUUUGACGUCCUUUAUGACGUCCAGAAAAUGAACAAUGCAUAUGACACUGCAGUGGCUCAGGCGAACGAGAGACAACGACCUAUAACGCUGUUUGACAGGUCAAUCCGGCACAAGAGCCUUCAUGGUGAACGAAUGAAGGACAUGAUACGCGUGACUUCCUUCUUAGAACAGUCUUUGAGAAUACUGACGAAUUUUAUCCCAAGCAUAGUCGAAAGGGAGAUAAUUGACAAGGCCACUUUGAAGACUUUAUCCACUUUAUGCCGAUUUUGGUGGGAGCUCUUUCAUUUCGCUACGAUCGAACAGGUCGACAGUGCAAGCUACCAGGUUUACAUCCAACUUGGGUUUCGUACGCUUGAUGAAAUCGAAAAGAAUGACAAAUUGAGCACAGCCUUAGUAUCAGCACAGCGAAGGAUACUAGAAGCUCUGCACGCAGAAACGGGCCUUGCAACUGGUUUAAAUAUGGAAACACUUUGGAGAUUAUUCAAACCCGAAGUUGCUCCAUCAUUACGGCAUCUGAAGGUCACUCAAGAUUUGAUCGAAGUAGCAAACCGCUUCGACGCUUCGGUUUUCCCAUUGCGGGCACCUUUGAAGGACCUUGCAAUCACACGUGAAAAUUUACAACACGCACUACAGCAAACGAUUUCAGACUGCGUUUCUAUUGACUUGCUUCUUACUGAGCUAGCCAGUGCUAUCGAUGGGCUGGGGCAGUCAACCAAAUUCUCAAGCUCGGCAGCAAUAUUCCGCACACAAUUCGAAGUCGUUUACCAAAUUUUGCUCGGCUCACGGUCUUGCGCAGCUGAACAUACUAUGUCACGCUUGGGUUUGCUGGCAGGCCGCUCAACUGCACAUGAGUGUCUCUCUAGCAUUUCGCUUACAGAUCUCACAUCACUUCGAGGAUCGCUUGCUCGACUGUCCGCGUAUGCCCAUGGAACAAUAAUUCAACAGUCUCCGAGUGCAAUCAUGGGGGGAUUUGCACCUAGUUUGACAGCAGCCUUGCAUGAAAUUUGGAAGGUGCCUCUAUCAGAUUUCGAACAACUAAAAAUCGAGAUGAAGUUUCUGGCGGAAGUUCUUUCUACACAUGCUUUUGACAUGUGUGUAGAUCAACAUCAACUCGUUGCCAAAACUUUCGAAAAGCAUCUGGAAGCUUGGCGAACUCAAGGUCUACCCGAUAUUUGUCAUAUCUUCACUCAGCAAGACGAACCUGGUGGCUCUCAAAUCGGAGAUGGUCAAAAGCUGGGACGGGAUUUAGUCACAUAUGCCGUGUCUUGUAUUCUUGAGUACGUGCCUGAUAAGCCAUUCGACCCUGCACUCAAGGAGAGCAUCCGACGGCAGCUUCUGAUGACCAGAAAAAACGCGCUACAGAACAAAAUUUCUGCGCUUCGAGAGUUCGAGCAGCGUUUUUCUGGGCAAACUCAAAGUCUGCGGAUAACGCUCGCGGAACAAGAAAUGCAGGAAGAAGGAGAUAUUGUUCCUGCGCUUCGUAUCGUUCGGCCUGAAAUAUCUCAGCUCACCGAGUUGAGCGGUGAUUUUGCACGGGUGCUUGAAGUCGCACGCGGUGUCCAGAUGGCAGCAAGCAAGGGCGAUGCAGUUGAAGACAGCAUGCUUAGCAACAUUGUUUUGCUGACGCAGAGGCUACAGAAACGAUAUGUUGCAUACUUGGAUAUCAUCGAGCCGGUAGUACAAUGGCUUCAAUGCCUUUGGCUUGGUGCAACCCUGCUCAAUCAGUCUUCGCAUCUGCUAACUGACAAGGCUGAGCAAGAAGUGUCACCUUGGAAGCAGAUUUUCCGCCUUGCCACUUCUAGCUCUAGAAAUGAGGACGGGAUUGCCAUCAAAUCUCUAGAGAUGAUAAGAUAUUUUGCUCUUGCGCGGAGAGUGGAUUCAACCCACGACAUCACGAGUUUAACUUGGAAUUUCUUUGACCAUCUCUUUUUGACGUGGAAAAAUAAGAUGGUUGAAGAAAUGGCGAAACAAGAAAAGAAAGCCAGCCUCUAUGUCUACAAAGGCAGCGAAGCAGAUGAAGACCAAAUAGAAGCCGAGGAGUACAUGGAGCUGUUUCCUGAUUACGAGCUCUCUUCCGAUCAAGAAAGAGAACAGAGUGAUGCAUUGAUUACCGAGGAGAUCGCCGUUAAAGUGGCAACUAUACACAGCGAGCUUUGCAAUCCUGUCUUCGAUGCGCCCAAUUAUUUAAUUCAGCUGGUCUCACAAGGUGUUCAUGUUGAUGCCAAUACUCACAAAAAUAGCAUAGCCACGUCUUUGCCCGGCAUAUAUUUGAUUUUGGAAGACGCGUUUAAGCUUUUCAAUUCAGCUUCGGCCAAUGCAAACGCUUACAACAUCUACAAGGAUGCGAAUGUGCCAGAGGCUACGAAGCUAGCUACUCUGGUUCGUAAGAUUUCAAGGAGAUUUCGAGAACUUCAGGCAAUGGAAUUUGAACAUACGACAGUCGACGAUGUUGUCAGACUCGCGGCAGAACUGCUUGCCUUUCCUCACACGCAGCCAAUAGCAAAGUAUCUUACGAAAGCGGAGAAGCUUUAUGAAGCCAUGUACGAGUGGGAGAAGGUUGCUCACAAGGGUCUAAGUGCAGCUGCACUCUUGAAUGAAAUCACUGACCUUCUAGUGAGUUGGAGACGAUUGGAGCUAUCGACUUGGAUGCAGCUGUUCGUUGCAGAGCAACAGAAGGCGGAAAAUGAAGCAAAGAGUUGGUGGUUUGUUGCUUAUGAGAACAUAAUCGCGAACCCGAAACGACUCUCAAGGGAAGAUGUUGCGCUUCAUGUUCCAGAGUUGCUCAAAGUCCUUGAAGUCUUCUUUGAUGCUGCAACGCUAGGCCAAUUCCAUCAGCGUCUAGAAAUUCUUGGUAAUUUCAAUGCUCAUGUCAAAUCCUUGUUGACUAGCUAUCCGGAGCUCCACCAUAUCUAUUCAGGCCUUAGCAACUUUCUUGCUUAUUACUCACGCUUCAAACAGCCAGUCGCUGAUGCACUGGCGACGCAGCGGCAGCAGAUAGAGAAGCAAGCAAAGGAAGUUGUGCAACUCGCGAGUUGGAGGGAUACCAAUAUCGAAGCCUUGCGACAGAGUGCGAAAGCCAGCCACCGAAAGUUGUUUAAUUUGGUUCGCAAGUUCAGGGCGAUAAUGAAUCAGCCCAUCACUUCUAUAAUUGAGAACGGUCCUCCAGAGGAGCUCACAUCCAAUGGUAGCCUUGAAGUUCCUUCGCAAAAUCCAUUGUCAAACAUGUCAACAAUUGUCUCUAUAAUCAAGAUUUGCGAGGAAUCCGAAACCUGGGCAAAUGUACCUCCACGUUUCAAAAACAACACGAAUACAGUACAACUCAUGCAACAGAUAAGUGUGAUCCCGGAAAACUUGGAUGCUGCUCAUUACAUCUACGAGAUGAUCAAUAAUGUUCGAGAAACAAGCAGUGAGCUACGGGAGGCUACACCUUCAGUCUUGACAGAGGAAAACAAGGAUACGAUCAAGCAUCUUAAAACAAGUAAAAGAGCACUUUUUGCUGAUGUUCUAAAGCAAAUGCGUAAGAUGGGCUUGCAGUACAAUUUGAGCAGCGCAUCCCUUACUAGUCAGGACUCGAUGGCUCGAGUUUUCUCAUCAGUCCCCUCAAUGGAAUCUCAAGUUUGCAUGCAAACAGCUAACUAUCACUUUCACAAAGUUUUAAGCCUUAUGCCUAAAGUCCGACGGAUUCAGCACGAACAUUCAGAUGAUCUGACACCAGCCGAAAUUCAACGAAGCUGCGGAUAUCUGGAAGGGCUUUUACACCAAAUUAUUGAACAGCGUCAGAUUAUAUCACCACUCCUGACAUUUAUAGAUGAUGUCGACCAGCUUUCGACGAAGAUCAUGUCAUUAUGGGACGAUAAUGAAUCUAAUGUAGCCCACAUUUCGCGAAAUACAAGGAAACAAACUGUUGAAGACUUCGCACGACGAAUCACUUGGUUGGAGCCAGUUCUUCAUGUCAUUUGCCAUGUGCUUAAUCUACAGGCUCAGUAUGGCGGUUUGCAAUGCGACCACAUAUAUCAAACAGUUUCUCAAAUCAUGGAAGAGGUCAAGCAACUCAAAGUCGAUUUCAAUGAUGCUCCGAAUUUUCCAGCCGAUAUUAUGCUCUCAAAGCACUCACGACUGUUGCAACGAGCAAAGGAUCUGAUGAGUGUACUUCGGGACCAUAUUACAAUGUGGAGUAAACAAUUGCCAGCUUUCGCACCUGUACUGGGGAUACUCCGGCCUUGGGUUGAAGUCGACGACAUGAGUUCCAUAGCUGCGGGAAUCGACGAGAGAUCCUAUCCACUUCGUCUGGAUUCUCUUCAGUCAGCGAUUAUUCAUACACUUGAUUGCAUGCUUGCUUCUGUCCAGUCAUUGAAAGGCAAUUGGGAUCAGACUCCUCUACCUGGCGAGCAAGCCUCCUGGUUAUUACAAUACCAAGAGAAGUUUGCAUCAGUAUUUAGAUCCCUCUGUUCCAAUGCUAUCGUCGAGAACAUCAGGCACUGCUUUGAUCUCCUUGCAGCAGUUUCUGGAAGUGAACAGAGGGCUGCAGUGGCUAUGUUGAUUUUGCUUCAGGCGACUGUCUCCCAAUUUUGCGUGAUUUUGCACAAUCACAGCUCCCAAUUCAUUUCUCUGAAUACAGCUCUCUGUAAAUUGGCGCAUCAAUUAUCUGCCUCGUUUGUCGAAAUAGGAACGAAGGGAUUUUGCUCGCCUUCAGCGAAAACGGACGAAAAUGCCGGGACAAAUGAUGAGCAAAAGCUUGACGGAGGCACAGGUUUAGGUGACGGUGAAGGAGCCGAAGACAUCAGCAAGGAUGUCGGCGAUGACGAAGACCUCACCGAGCUCGCGCAAGAGCCAAACCUGAGAAAAGAUGGUGAUGAAAUAGAGGAAGAGAAAGAUGCUGUGGAUAUGGCUGAUGAGGACAUGGAUGGACAGGUUGGUGAGACUGCUGAGAAUGAUGAUCAAGAGAAAGAAGGCGGUUCGGACGACGAAAAACACGAUGAUGUUGAGGAUGAGGUGGGCUCAGUCGACGACCUUGGGCCUGAAGCUGUUGAUGAGAAGAUGUGGGACGAAGGUGGCGCGACGGACGACCUUCGACAAAAGACUACCGACAGAUCAAAGGGCACCGACAACGAUGAGCAAGUUGCCGCGAAUGGAGACCAGACCGAAAGUAGAGAAGAUCAAGAAACUGAGGAUGAUAUUGAAUCUGGUGCUCGAGAAGAUGAAGCAAUCAGCCACGGCAACGAAGAGCAAUUAGACAACUACACGGAGCAAGCUGACAAGCUCGAUCUACCGGAAGAUAUGAACAUGGACGGCUCGCCAGAGAAUGCAUCAGAUGAUGAGUCCAUGGAAGAUCCAGAUUCCCUAAAGGAUGACGGACAGAUUGAAAAUAGAGAGGACGAACAGAUCGAAAAUGCGGAUGUCAAAGAUACAGAAGAGCAUGUGCAAGAGUACCAUGAGGAAGGAUCAGAGGAUCCUAAUUUGCAAGAACUAGAAAACGAGACACAUGACGCCGAAGUGAGCGAUGAAGGCGAAGAAGAAGAUCUAGAUCACACGGAUGAUCUUGACGAGAAUCAACAGCCUGAUGUUGAUGAUAUCCUUCAAGGCCACGAUUACAACGCCAAUAUUGCGAAAGAUAUUGUCUCGAACGAUUUACAAGGCAUAGGAAUGAAUGAAGACGAGCAAUACACUCAGGAAGAUACCUUCAAUAGCCGCUCGAAGCAAGAGGAAGGACAAAAUGGUGAGAAGGCGGAAGACUCUAGUGGUGCAUCUGGGGAACAGGGUUCAAAUAUGGACUCCAGUAAGCAGGAUGCAGUGGGGAGGAGUGACGAAUUAGUUGAGGCAUCAGAGAGUCAUCCUUUUCAAAAGCUAGGUGAUACUCUAGAGAAAUGGUUCAACCGUCAACGACAGAUUAGUCAGGCCAAUGACAAUAAAGAAGCCCGAAACAGGGAAAAGGUACAAGAUGUGGACAUGGCUGAUGUGGACUUCGAACAUCUUCCCAAUGAAGAAGCUGAAGCUGAAGCGCAAGCUCUUGGGGCAGCUUCCGAGGACCAAGCUAAAGCUUUGGACAUGGAAAAUGCAAUGGCGGCCAACGAUGAAGAGGUGGAUCCCAAGAGCUUUCUUCAGCACGACGAUGAACCAAAUGCUCAUGAAACGCAUAAUGAUGUACCGAUGGAAGGAAAUGAUGGCGUAGAAGGCGCUCAGUUGUCCGAAGGAAUAGAGCAAAGACAGACAAGAGCAUUCAUUGGCUCUCCAGGGACGCCAAAAUUUCAGAACGACGCAGAAUUCGAAGAAAACUCAGAUAUUGACUUCGACGACAAGGAUUUUAAUUCUGCUCAUUCAGUUGAAUGCAUUCGAGACGGAGUUGAAGCAGUAACAAUCUCUGCUGCCAAUGCGAGGGCUCUCUGGACAAAGUAUGAAUUUAAGACAAGAACUCUGGCAGCAACACUUACCGAGCAGCUCCGACUCAUUCUUGCUCCGACUUUGGCAACUAGACUUCGUGGCGAUUUCCGAACGGGGAAGCGAUUAAAUAUCAAGCGAAUCAUCCCCUAUAUUGCGUCGAGCUACAAGCGUGAUAAAAUAUGGAUGCGUAGAAGCGUUCCGAGCAAGCGAGCUUAUCAGAUCAUGAUUGCUGUUGAUGAUUCGAAAUCAAUGGCAGAAAGCGGCAAAAAAGAGCUUGCGUAUGAGACCCUCGCACUUGUUACGAAGGCAUUAUCCAUGCUAGAGGCUGGCGAAUUAUGUGUUGUCGGUUUCGGGGAAGAUGUCAGUGUGGCUCAUCCAUUUGAAAGGCCCUUUUCAGAUGAUGCAGGCGUGGAAAUCUUCUCAGCGCUGGGGUUCGAUCAGGGAGAUACGGAUGUACGAAAGCUGAUUGCGAACGGCAUAGACAUUUUCCAGCACGCACGCACAAGGGCAUCAUCUUCUGCUCAGGAUUUGUGGCAACUCAUGAUCGUUGUUUCGGACGCCAUAUGUCGAGAUUCAGAAUCAAUCAGGCGCCUCACUCGAAAAGCACAAGAAGAAAAGAUCAUGAUUGUCUUCGUAGUGGUAGACUCAGGGGCUAAGGAAGUCGACGGCAGGCAAGUCGGUAGUAUUAUGGACUUGCAGGGAGCAGAAUUCAAGGAUGGACAAGUUAGGAUGUACAAAUACAUGGACGUGUUUCCGUUCAGGUGGUGGGUUGUGGUGAGAGAUGUGAGGGAAUUACCCGGGGUGUUGAGUUUAGCACUAAAGCAGUGGUUUGCAGAAGUUGUGGAUUCUGGGGGUUACUAAUCAGGCACUAGACAAGAUGCGCACAGAAAGAUGAUGAACUUCCAAUAGAUAUUCCGUUCUUUAUUGAUGCCAGUGUAUCAUAUAUCAUGCAACGUCUUGGUAUCUGUUGCUUGCCGGAAGACCCUGGGUAGCAGUCUUUGUGAACGCACCAUGAGUCUCCACGGACUUGGGAUCUGUCAUAAUGAAGAGUGUUUUGCCA